UAAAGGUUCCUUCAAGCAUUACCUUCAAUGGCGUCUUCUUCAACUUCAUCUAUUCACAAGAGCUUCAAGUAUGAUGUGUUUUUGAGUUUUAGAGGUGAAGAUACCCGUAAGAACUUUGUUGAUCAUCUUUAUUAUGCUCUUCAGCAAAAACGCAUUCACACUUACAAGGAUGACGAGAGAAUCGAGAAAGGGGUAAGGAUCAGUGAUCAGCUCAUGAGAUCCAUUGAAGACUCAAGAUUCCACGUCAUAAUUUUCUCCAAAAACUUUGCAUUUUCAUCUUGGUGCUUGGAAAAGCUUGUAACGAUUAUGGAGUGUCAAAAGACGCACGAGCAGACUGCUUACCCGGCGUUUUAUGAUGUGGAAUCCUCUGAAGUCCGCAAACAAAUAGGGGAAUUUGGAAAAGUCUAUGCCGAACAUAAUGAAAAGAAAGCGGCUGCUGGGAAAUGGAGGAAGGCUUUGGAAGAAGCAGCCAAUCUGGGUGGGUGGGAGUUAAAGAACACUGCUGAUGGUUCCGUGAACCCAACCCAUAUAUUAAUAGAGUUCUUAGAUCUACACUUUUGCCCACAACGUUCUGAACAGGAAAUUCGUUUCUUUACAGAAAUAGUGACAUGGUCUGAAACUUUCGUACACGAGGCUACUUAUAAAGGGCGUACAAAAUUUGCAUGA